AUGUCCACAGCCCUCAAACCAACGACAGCCAAGCGGACCGCCAAAGUGCUCACCGAUUUCUUCAAUAAAGCACCGGGCGCCGCUGAGAAGAAGUUGAAGGUGGAUGUAAUGGAGGAUGCGAAGCCCGUCAAAGAGUCGGCAACAACAACAGUCGAGCCAAGCGAAGACGCGGAAAACACUCCGCAAACGUCCGGCGAACUGGCGAGCCCCUUUCUUGCGGACCUGCUCCAAGAUGCCGAAUGGCGAGAAGCGCUAAAGACCGAGUUCGAAGCCCCGUAUUGGAAGAAAAUCGAAGACUUCCUCUUAAAAGAAUAUCAAAAGGGUAAAGAAAUCUUUCCGCCACGCCACGAAAUCUUCACCGCGUUCAACACGACGCCGUUGUGCAAGAUAAAGGUCGUGCUGAUCGGCCAGGAUCCGUAUCACAACGUCGGCCAGGCGCACGGGCUUUGCUUUUCGGUGAAGAAGGGAAUAAAGGCGCCCCCAUCGCUGGUCAAUAUGUACAAGGAAUUGGUCACCGAUAUUCCAGGUUUCGUGCCGCCCUCUCACGGGUAUUUGAUGGGCUGGGCCGAACAAGGCGUUUUCAUGCUCAACGCCGGUCUUACAGUCGAGGCCCACAAAGCCAACUCACACGCGGAUAUUGGAUGGCACAAAUUCACCGAGAAGGUCAUUCAAACGAUCUCCCGACGUGUGGAUAAGUGCGUCUUCUUGCUGCUCGGCAACUUUGCCCAAAAACGAGCAGCUCUCGUCGAUGCCAAGAAGCAUGUUAUCAUAAAGGAAGCUCACCCAUCUCCACUCAGCGUUCGUCACUUCAAAGGCUGCCGCCCUUUUUCAAGAACCAACGAGGCGCUAGUCAAAUUUGGGCUCGAGCCGAUUGACUGGUCCCGUCUCCCGUUACCU